AUGAAAUCCGAUGCCGAUUGGCCCAUCGACCAAGCAUCAUUAGAAACCGUUUACCCACAUGUUUUUGCCGAUUUAAAAAAUAGUUUUGGUCAUAUUUUUGCAGGUGUUGUCGAAAAAGUUACAGCCAAUCUUGCUAAACUUUGUGCUGAUGAAAUGGUAUUAGAAGCUGUUCAAGAAGCCACCUCAAAUCGUACUAUUGUUAUUAAACACAAUGCCACAUAA